AUGAACUUGCGACAGAUUGGGGGUCGCAUCGCCUUUCUCGCACUUGCCAACGUGGGCCGCAGCUUAGCACGACGGCCCGUCGUCGAUGCAUUGCUCAGUGGCAAGUGCCUCAGCCUGCAUCACCGAAGCAAACGCAACAGUAAAAUGAUGCCGAAGUGCCUGUCUCCCGUAAUUUUGGGCUCUAUCUUGUCACACUGCACCGUUUCCCAUGACAUCUCGCCUCAUCACAGGACGCUCUCAAGCCUCUUGCAACUCCUGCAUUUCGGCGCCUCAAGGAGCCAUCGCGGCUAUGUCGGCAGAUGCCUUUUCGAAAAACCUGUGUCUGGUGUAGGGCCGUCUUUCCGACAUGCUCGUCACUGCUCAGAGGCUUGA